AUGGUUUACUCAGUUACAAGUGGAUAUGAGCAGGAACUGUUUAAUGCAAAUGCUUCUGAAAAGUCGACUGAUGAUGUCACAUCAGAUACUGAUGAUGAGACUGCACCAGCCAAUCAGGCCCUCCAGGUGACCUGCCAGUCAGAAACAGUGCAGGGCUCUUCCGGGCACCACCUGCAGACUCGGCUUUGUGGAGGAGUUUGUGCCAGUUGUUUCCUGUGCUGUGGUGAAGUUGCUGCUGCAGGGAGAGGACAAUCUGAGAGCUUUGGCGAUCUGGGGAACCACAACAUGAAGGCAGUGACCUAUGAUGAUGUGCAUAUCAACUUCACUGAGGAAGAGUGGAAUUUGCUGGAUCCUUCCCAGAAGAAUCUCUACAAAGAUGUGAUGCUAGAGACCUACAGGAACCUUAUUACUAUAGGAUACAUUUGGGAGGAACAUAAUAGUAAAGAACAUUGUCAACGUUCUAGAAGACAUGAAAGGCAUCUUCAGAGGAAUAAAAAAACACAUGAUAGUAAGAAACCCUAUGAAUCUAAUCAGUGUCAUAAAGCCUUUGCUCAUCACAAUUCUCUUCAAAUGCACAAAAGGACACAUACUGAAGAGAAAUCUUGUGAAUGUAAUCAGUGUUGUAAAGCCUUUGCACAGCCCUGUAAUGUUCGAUUGCAUAAAAUAACACAUACUGGAGAAAAAGCCUAUGCAUGUAAUCAGUGUGGUAAAGACUUUGGAGGGCCCCAUACCCUUCAAUUGCAUAAAAGAACAAAUACUGGAGAGAAACCGUAUGAAUGGAAUCAGUGUGGUAAGGCCUUUGGAGGGCCCCAUAUCCUUCAAAUGCAUAAAAGAAAAAAUACUGGAGAGAAUUCCUAUGAAUGUAAUCACUGUGGUAAGGCCUUUGCUGAAAACAGUACUCUUCAAAAGCAUAAAAGAACACAUACUGGAGAGAAACCGUAUGCAUGUAGUCAGUGUGGUAAGGCCUUUGCUCACUACAGUGCUCUUCGAAUACAUGAAAGAAUACAUACUGGAGAGAAACUCCAUGCAUGUAGUCAGUGUGGUAAGGCCUUUGCUCAACACAGUUAUCUUCAAAAGCAUAAAAGAACACAUACUGGAGAGAAACCCUAUGAAUGUAAUCAGUGUGGUAAGGACUUUGCUCACUACAGUGCUCUUCAAAGGCAUAAAAGAUCACAUACUGGAGAAAAACCCUAUGAAUGUAAUCAGUGUGGUAAGGCCUUUGCUCACCACAGUGCUCUUCAAAGGCAUAAAAGAUCACAUACUGGAGAGAAUCCCUAUGCAUGUAGUCUGUGUGGUAAGGCCUUUGCUGAAAACAGUACCCUUCAAAAGCAUAAAAGAACACAUACUGGAGAGAAACCCUAUGCAUGUAGUCGGUGUGGUAAGGCCUUUGCUGAAAACAGUACUCUUCAAAAGCAUAAAAGGACACAUACUGGAGAGAAACCAUAUGAGUGUAAUCAGUGUGGUAAGUCCUUUGCAGAACACAGCAAUCUUAAAUUGCAUAAAAGAACACACACUGGAGAGAAACCCUAUGAAUGUAAUCUGUGUGGUAAGUCAUUUGCUCAACACAUUAAUCUUCAAAGCCAUAAAAGAUCCCAUACUGGAGAGAAACCUUAUGAAUGUCAUCAGUGUGGUAAGGCCUUUGCACAUCACAGCAAUUUUCAAACGCAUAAAAGAACACACACUGGAGAGAAACCCUAUGAAUGUAAUCAGUGUGGUAAGGCCUUUACACAUCAUAGUCAACUUCAAAAGCAUAAAAGGACACAUACUGGAGAGAAACCCUAUGAAUGUAAUCAGUGUGGUAAGGCCUUUGCACGUCACAGUCAUCUGCAAUUGCAUAAAAGAACACAUACUGGAGAGAAACCCUAUGAAUGUAAUCAGUGUGGUAAGGCCUUUGUUCAACACAGUGCUCUUCAAAGGCAUCAAAGAACACACACGGUUGUGAAACAGUAUGCAUGA